AAGUAGUAGUAGACUAGACCUAUCUGUGGUUAUCAUGUUAAUUUUGUGACCAGUCUUCUUUGUCUCCUCUCCUCUCACCAAUGUUUUUUUCUGUUUGCAUUAAUGUGGGCUUUCAUGCUGUCAACUCAUCAGGUUGGGUUUUACCACCUGUCUUAAGACCAGAUGUUUUUUUCCUGUGGGACAGACUGCCCUCCAGCGUGUGUAGAGAAUUCCUAGACUGUAUUCCUUAAUGACAGCACGUGGGUGGCCCCAACCUGUCUACCUAUCUACCUGUAGGUAGGACGCACUUUCACUGAGAAAAGAGGAAGCGUUUCCAUUUCCUCAUGCCGCCGGUAUUUCCCAAACACGCCUAAAUAAAAGUCCGUGUGAGCAUGAUGGCCAUCAAUAGCAGCUCAGAUCCCUCGAUAGAAGUCCAAGAAGAAAGCAAACGAGAGACAUGGAUUUCAAACAGAUUCUCAUCUUUGGGCUUUUCCUCGUGCCCGUGUUGACCUCCCCGUGCUAUGAAGAGGACGAGCUGCAAAGAGCGGUGGACAGACGGAUGAGGCAUCAAUUCCAGCAGCCUCUGUAUUCUUCAUCCAAGGAGUCACCCGCCUUCUGCCCCGUGGAGCUGUAUAAUAAUCGGAGUCAGGACCCGAAAGACAGAUCGAUUUCCCCCUGGAGAUAUGUGAUUCGGACUCUCCCCGAUCAUUUUCCUUCCACUUAUUCCGAGGCUGAGUGUCUUUGUUUAGGAUGCAUCUUGAUCGAGGAUGGCCCAGAGGCGGACAAGAGACCAGUGAUGAGCGACGCCUACAACUCAGUCCCUGUGCUGCAGACCAAAAUGUUUCUGAAUAAGAGGCAAUGCAGUGAUAAGAACAAGUACCACUUGGAGCCGGUGUAUAUGAAAGUGGCUGUGGGCUGUACAUGUGUCAGACCCAAGCCGACAUAGUGAGACAAUCUACGGGACUUCAGGUUGUGUUUUGUUUAAAACGCAACAGGUUCUAACUCAGGGUUAUCACAGUGUGAUGAGUGAGCAGACUCAAAGCACAGUCGACACCCCUGGGAUCAUUAAUGAGGCUUCACAAGUCAAGAUCAUAUGUGCCUGUUUUUUAGGCUGGUUUAUGCCAACUAUCCACAGAUACUCUGUAUUGUUUGUUGUUAAGGUCAUUAUAGACCCUGUUUGCUCUUUUUAGAACAUUGUUACAGCUCUGCCUAGUGCACUUCAUCUAAAUGGGAAUUUUUUUCUUUUUAUAAUAUUGAUGGCGUGGUCAUCACAGAGAAUAGGUGCACUACUGUGUGGUUUUAUGCACUAAUAAUGUAACUUAUAAUAAUAUUUAUAUAAUUAUCUAUUUAUUUUGUUGAUAUAAAUGAUGAAUAAUUGAGCAUUUGAAACAUUUACCUUAGUUGAUGAAAACGACUUGAUAUUUAUUUAUGUUUGAUAUGUUGCAUAUGUUUGUACCACUCAAAAAAUCAGCUUCAUCAAAGCUAAAUAAAGAAAAAUGGAGUUAAAAGGAAA